GGAGAUGCAUUAGCAAAGCGUGGCUAUGUGAUGGCGAUAUUGAUUGUGAGGAUCAGUCUGAUGAGGAUAAUUGCGAGGGCUAUAUGUGUGGACCACCAAAAUACCCUUGUGCUAAUGAUACCUCCAUCUGCCUACAGCCUGAGAAGCUCUGCAAUGGGAGAAGAGAUUGUCCUGAUGGAUCUGAUGAAGGCGAUCUUUGUGAUGAAUGUUCACUUAACAAUGGUGGAUGCAGCCAUCAAUGCUCUGUGAUUCCUGGAGGAAGAAUUGUGUGCUCCUGCCCUGAGGGAUUCAGUCUGAGUGCAGACAACAAAACCUGUGAGAUUCUGGACUACUGUACCAAGCACCUUAAGUGUAGUCAAGUAUGUGAACAGCAUAAAAAUACCGUCAAGUGCUCGUGUUACGAAGGCUGGAAACUCAGUAAGGAUGGAGAAAAUUGCGUUAGUAUCGAUCCAUUUGAGGCUUUCAUAAUUUUUUCUAUUCGACAUGAGAUCAGAAAAAUUGAUCUUCACAAACGUGACUACAGCCUCUUAGUUCCUGGUUUAAGGAAUACAAUAGCACUUGAUUUUCAUUUCAGUCAGAGUUUACUGUACUGGACGGAUGUGGUUGAGGACAAAAUUUACAGAGGGAAGCUCUCUGAUACUGGAGGUGUUAGUGGCAUUGAGGUGGUAGUACAACAUGGCCUGGCCACACCUGAAGGUCUUACUGUAGAUUGGAUUGCAGGAAACAUAUACUGGAUAGACAGCAAUUUGGACCAGAUUGAAGUAGCAAAACUUGAUGGCACUUUGAGAACAACGUUAAUAGCAGGAGCUAUGGAACAUCCAAGGGCGAUUGCUUUGGAUCCCAGAUAUGGAAUUCUGUUUUGGACAGACUGGGAUGCAAAUUUUCCUCGUAUUGAAUCUGCUUCCAUGAGCGGAGCGGAAAGGAAGAUCAUAUAUAAAGAUAUGGAUACUGGAGCCUGGCCUAAUGGCCUUACUGUAGAUCACUUUGAAAAAAGAAUAGUAUGGACAGAUGCCAGAUCGGAUGCCAUUUAUUCUGCGUUAUAUGAUGGAACCAGCAUGAUAGAGAUUAUACGGGGUCAUGAGUAUCUGUCUCACCCUUUUGCUGUUUCUUUGUAUGGGAGUGAAGUAUACUGGACAGAUUGGCGGACCAAUACGCUUGCAAAAGCCAAUAAAUGGACUGGCCAAAAUGUCAGUGUAAUACAAAAAACAAGUGCUCAACCAUUUGAUCUUCAGAUAUAUCAUCCAAGUCGUCAACCACAAGCUUCCAAUCCGUGCGCUGCUAAUGAGGGCAGAGGGCCGUGUUCUCACAUGUGUCUGAUCAAUCACAACAGAAGUGCUGCAUGUGCCUGUCCGCAUCUGAUGAAACUGUCUUUAGACAAGAAGACGUGUUACGAAAGGAAGAAAUUUCUUCUUUAUGCCAGACGUUCAGAAAUAAGAGGAGUGGACAUAGAAAACCCGUACUUCAACUUCAUCACAGCCUUCACUGUUCCUGACAUUGACGAUGUGACCGUCAUAGAUUUUGAUGCUGUUGAGGAACGCCUAUACUGGACUGAUGUGAAAACACAGACCAUCAAACGUGCCUUCAUUAAUGGGACUGGCUUAGAAACCAUUAUUUCAAGAGAUACUCAGAGUAUCAGAGGUCUUGCAGUGGAUUGGAUAUCACGUAAUUUAUAUUGGAUUAGCUCAGAAUUUGAUGAAACACAAAUUAAUGUGGCACAUUUAGAUGGUUCCUUGAAAACCUCAAUCAUCCAUGGAAUCGAUAAGCCCCAGUGUCUUGCAGUUCACCCAGUAAAAGGUAAGCUCUACUGGACAGAUGGAAACACAAUUAACAUGGCAAACAUGGAUGGCAGCAACAGCAAAAUACUCUUUCAAAAUCAAAAAGAUCCUGUUGGUUUAUCAAUAGAUUAUGGGGAGAACAAACUUUAUUGGAUCAGUUCAGGAAAUGGAACCAUAAACAGAUGCAGCUUGGAUGGUGGUAAUCUUGAAAUCAUAGAAUCAAUGAAAGAAGACUUGACAAAAGCCACAGCUUUAACCAUUAUGGAUAAAAAGCUUUGGUGGGCAGACCAGAACUUAGCUCAGAUCGGUACCUGUAAUAAAAAAGAUGGAAGAAACCCCACUGUCCUGCGAAACAAAACUUCAGGUGUUGUCCAUAUGAAAGUGUACGAUAAAGCAGCACAGCAAGGUGGCAAUUCCUGUCAGUUAAACAAUGGUGGAUGCUCCCAGCUUUGUUUACCAACAUCAGAAACCACCAGGACUUGUGUGUGUACAGUAGGCUACAACCUUCAAAAAAACCGCAUGGCAUGCAAAGGUAUUGAAUCAUUCCUUAUGUAUUCUGUCCAUGAAGGAAUUAGAGGAAUUCCUCUUGAUCCAAAUGAUAAAAUGGAUGCUUUAAUGCCGAUAUCUGGAACAUCAUUUGCUGUGGGCAUAGACUUCCACGCAGGAAAUGAUACAAUCUAUUGGACAGACAUGGGUUUCAACAAGAUUAGCAGAUCUAAACGAGACCAAACAUGGAAAGAAGACAUUGUUACAAAUGGUUUGGGAAGAGUUGAAGGCAUUGCAGUGGACUGGAUAGCAGGUAACAUAUAUUGGACGGAUCAUGGCUUCAACUUAAUAGAAGUUGCCAGGCUCAACGGCUCAUUCCGAUAUGUAAUUAUAUCCCAGGGUUUGGACCAGCCAAGAUCUAUUGCGGUACACCCAGAAAAAGGGUAUUUAUUUUGGACAGAGUGGGGACAAACUCCUUGCAUAGGCAAGGCACAUUUAGACGGCUCUGAGAAGGUCGUGCUUGUGAGCCUGGGAAUUGCGUGGCCUAAUGGAAUUUCCAUUGACUACGAGGAAAAUAAAUUAUAUUGGUGUGAUGCUCGUACCGACAAGAUAGAAAGAAUUGACCUUGAGAGUGGAGGGAAUCGGGAGAUUGUGCUGUCAGGGAGCAAUGUGGAUAUGUUUUCAGUCGCGGUGUUUGGCGCUUACAUCUACUGGUCUGACAGAGCACAUGCAAAUGGCUCUAUUAGAAGAGGCCACAAGAAUGAGGCCACGGAUGCUGUGACCAUGAGGACUGGCCUUGGAAUAAACCUGAAGGAAGUGAAAGUCUUUAAUAGAGCACGAGAGAAAGGUACUAAUGUUUGUGCCAAGAAUAACGGUGGAUGUCAUCAACUUUGCCUUUAUCGGGGAAAUGCGCGGAGAACGUGUGCUUGUGCACAUGGCUAUCUUGCAGAAGAUGGAAUCACUUGCCUGAGACAUGAAGGUUACUUGUUAUACUCAGGAAGGACAAUAUUAAAAAGUAUACAUCUUUCAGAUGAAACCAACUUAAAUUCACCAGUAAGACCAUAUGAAAAUCCAGAGUACUUCAAAAAUGUGAUAGCUCUGGCUUUUGACUACAGUCUGAAAGGAAGAGGUACAAAUCGCAUAUUCUUCAGCGAUGCACACUUUGGAAAUAUACAAGUUAUUAAAGACAACUGGGCUGGCAGAAAAGUGCUGAUUGAAAAUGUUGGGUCGGUGGAAGGACUUGCUUAUCAUAGAGCUUGGGACACUCUCUACUGGACCAGCUCAACCACAUCCUCCAUCACCAGGCACACUGUUGACCAGAGGCGUCGAGGAGCUUUCAACCGGGAAGCAGUAAUAACAAUGUCUGAAGAUGAUCACCCACACGUGUUAGCUCUAGACGAAUGUCAAAACCUAAUGUUUUGGACUAACUGGAAUGAGCAGCUCCCAAGCAUCAUGAGAUCUACCCUCUCAGGCAAAAAUGCACAGGUUAUCGUUAGCACAGAUAUUCUGACACCAAAUGGACUUACCAUUGAUCAUAGGGCGGAGAAACUUUACUUUUCAGAUGGCAGCUUGGGAAAAAUUGAGAGGUGUGAAUAUGACGGAUCACAAAGAUACGUGAUUGUCAAAUCGGGACCAGGCACCUUUCUCAGCCUGGCUGUGUACGAUGAUUAUAUCUUCUGGUCAGAUGGAGUGAGGAGAGCUAUUCUGCGUUCCAGUAAAUACACAGGAGGAGAUACAAAAGUUCUUCGUUCUGAUAUCCCGCAUCAGCCAAUGGGCAUUAUUGCUGUUGCCAAUGAUACUAACAGCUGUGAGUUAUCUCCUUGCGCACAAAUGAAUGGAGGUUGUCAUGAUUUAUGCCUUCUGACUCCUGACGGACGAGUGAACUGUUCGUGUCGAGGCGACAGAAUACUGAUAGAUGAUAACAGAUGUGUGACUAAAAAUUCUACUUGCAACAUUUAUUCUGAGUUUGAAUGUGGAAAUGGUGAAUGCAUUGAUUAUCAGCUGACUUGUGAUGGCAUUGCUCAUUGUAAGGACAAGUCUGAUGAGAAACUUUUCUACUGUGAAAAUAGAGGCUGUCGGAAGGGUUUCAAACCAUGUUCUAAUCGUCGCUGUGUUUCAAGUGACAAAGUAUGUGAUGGUAUAAAUGACUGUGGUGACAACUCUGAUGAAUUUGACUGCAAAGAUUCAACGUGUGCCUCGACGGAAUUCCAUUGUGCAGAUGGGAAUUGCAUUGGAAAAUCAGCACAGUGCAACCAGAUCAUUGAUUGUGCAGAUGCUUCAGAUGAAAAGAACUGUAAUAAUACAAACUGUGCUUACUUCUAUAAGCUUGGAAUAAAAUCUUCAGGAUUUAUUAGCUGUAAUUCGACUUCGCUUUGUAUACUGCCAGAAUGGAUCUGUGAUGGAUCUAAUGACUGUGGAGAUUAUACAGACGAACUAAAAUGCCCAGUUCAAAACAAACCCACAUGUGAAGAAAAUUAUUUUGGUUGUCCUAGUGGAAGAUGUAUUCUGACCACCUGGCUUUGCGAUGGGCAGAAAGACUGUGAGGAUGGAGUAGAUGAAUUGCACUGUGAUUCAUCUUGUUCAUGGAAUCAGUUUGCUUGCUCUGUGAACAAAUGCAUCUCAAAGCAAUGGACCUGUGAUGGUGAGGAUGACUGCGGGGAUGGUUUAGAUGAGAGUGAUGCUAUCUGUGGCUCAGUGACCUGUGCAGCAGAUACAUUCAGUUGCUUAGGCUCCCAUGCCUGUGUUCCCAAACAUUGGCUUUGUGAUGGUGAAAGAGACUGUCCCAACGGCAGUGAUGAACUGUCUACGGCCGGCUGUGCUCCUAAUAAUACAUGUGACGAGAAUGCUUUCAUGUGCCAUAACAAAGUCUGCAUUCCCAAGCAGUUUGUAUGUGACCAUGAUGAUGACUGUGGAGAUGGAUCAGAUGAAUCUCUGGAAUGUGGGUAUCGGCACUGUCGGCCUGGAGAGUUCACUUGUGCUGAUGGAAGGUGCCUGUUAAAUUCCCAGUGGCAAUGUGACGGUGAUUUUGACUGCCCAGACCAUUCGGAUGAAGCACCUAUAAACAUAAAAUGCAAAAGUUCAG